GGAAGUUUUGGUUCUACUUUAUAAAAGAUCAUUUACAUUGACAUGUUUAUUUUGUAGGGGAAAUCUUUUUCUACCAGAUCGGCCUGAGAAAUUUAAUGGAGCAUUCAGGGCUCAUCUCCCAUCGAAAGCACACUAUAAGGUCUUUGAGAUGGUGAAGGAAAUGCCUGAACAUCUUUACUUUCAGCUAGUUCCGAGGCAUGAAGUAUGGAUGGGGAUAUUUCCAGACAAUACUCCUGAUACAGAUGACAUUGGGUUGUACUUCUUCCCGAAGUUCAAAAAGAGUUCUGAGAGUGAUAGCUCUAUAAUUGACUUACUUUGGAAACAAAAUUUGGUGAUGAGAAGCUCGGUUAAAGGAAGGGUGCUAUUGGUUUUUUCAUCUAGACUCCUACCAUCACAAUCUCAAGAAUUUCAAGGGAGUUACUUUCUAUGGGGAGUCUUUUGUUGUCCAAAAUAUCUCCAAAAGGUGACUGCUCCACGACCCUCGUCUAAUGAUGUUCCUCCAGGUUUUGAGAGAAACUCUAAACCGUAUGAUGACAUUCCACCAGGUUUUAAGAGAAUAUGCAAGACUUGAGAUUGACAUAUGACUGACAUCAGAACAGUGCAUACAUAUGAAACUGACGGGUCUUCGUUAGCUUUGAAGAAGAUAGGUGCAUAUUGAUGGUUUUGAUUUAAAAUUGGAAAUGAAACAAGGGUAUACUUAGAUUGCUAGAAACAAGUUUAUAUGGUAGUAUGCCCUCUUUAUUUUCAGUCCAUUAUGAAUACUAUUUGAUCUUUUGUGGUGCAAAAUGGAUUUGUUGAUUUAUUUCAA